AUGACAUCGAACGACCCUUCAUCAAUUGAAGCGAUAGCUUACCAGGGCUGUGCGCCUAACCGUUUAUCUCGCAUUGAUUUACUUCAACAACAACAGCAACAACAGUACAAUUUAGCAUCACAGCCUCCAUGUGAACAUGAGUGCAACUGUAUGCAUCAGCAUCCAUUAAGCAACCAUCAUCAUCAUAGCAAUUUCUCAGCUCCUAAUGGAGCGUACGGUCAUCAUCAUAAUCAUUUCAACCAUAAUCACUUGAAUCAACACAUGCAUCCAAAUAGCUACAUAAGCCAUCAACAGCAACAGCAUCAGGAUGGCGUUUUGAUCUAUAACCACAGCUCAGCAAAUAGCGAAUGCAAUCAAGCGGGUAGUAAUAACGAUGGUAGUCAAAGCGGAUGCAGCAACAUGAUCCACUACAUUCCGACAUCAAAUCUCAGUGUCGCAUCUCAAAGUUUAAACAUACCAAACGUUCCAUGCGACUGUGUAACUCAUGUACAAUCACAUCAACAGCAACAAACUCAUCAUCAAAGACAAUUGUCAGAGCAGCAUAGUUUACAAAGUGGUCGAAGUUCAAGAAUUGUUUCCUGUGAUGAAAAUCCAAGUGGAACGGAAGAUGGCAGUGGAAUGAGUACAUCGGGAAUGAUAACGACUGUUCGAGCUUCAAAAAGAAAUCUAAGUUUUAAAGCUUUCCGCAAUAUGCAAGCACGAAAUCUCAUUUUGAAAAGUAAAUUUCAAUCAUUAAAUUGA